GUCCAGCAAUUGAUUGCUACUUACCAAGAAGAUAGACUUGCUGCUAGUUAUAUUAGGUAGUCGAGGAUAUAUCCAUCGACACCGGAACAUGAACUGCGCUAUCGACUAGAGGUCGUACAGUGCUGCAUCUUACCAUCCCCGGAAUAGUGCUAAACUGAGCUGCAAAUCGUCUCAAUCAGUGCAAACCGGACGCCGAAACGGAUUAAUUGACAAGAUGAUGUACUUUAAAUUUGUUUUUGAUUUUUGCGGCACUCUUCACGUGCGCCUCCACCGACCAGUUGCAAGUUCGGCACGAAUACUUGCGCGCGUAAAGUGUUUGCCGGCUGGCAUAAAAGAGACCGACGGUAGCGUCACAAAUAUGGUAAUGAAAAGAUGUGCUUUGUGUACGGGAAGGUUAAAGCGAGACAAGUCGUGGUUUGUUCACUUUUUGCAACCCGGAAUGCUCUCGAGUGUCGUUUUUUUGCGAGAUACUGAAAACCUCGCCCCAUUCUCUAGUGUUGUGCGAUUGGUUGAGUUCUUGCUGAUACGUAGCUCCGCCCAACCGGAAAUUGAAGGAUAUACCGUCCUUGCAUUACGUACCUUUGCCGGGUGCGAGAAAGAGUCCAAACCGAUCCCGUAUCCUUUAUCCCCGCACGGAGUCAGUGAGAACACAUGCGUCUUUUCGGUCUCUUUCGCGCACCGGUAUCAACCAGCACAGUCAGGGGACAGUCGGGUUUGGGCGAAUCCUUGACGUUCAUUCGCGCACCGCAAGGCGAAAGAAAAACAAAGUUCGGCUGCCUGCGGGUCACCAUUAGUUUUGGUAGCACGGUUGGUGCUUCAACGGUGUGGUUUGUUAAUUUUGUUUUACGUUUAGUUGGUUUUAUAAUUUGAACACCCGUCGCCAAGUCAACAACAAUCUGGCUGGUGCAGAAGGCGUACGUCGGCAUUCCCGUCACGUGCGGAUUUAUUUACGUCAGUGCGGUGUUGCUACCGUGAAGAAUCGGGCGUGUGGGCGCAUAUGCGAGAGAAAGAGAAAGGUAAACUAAUAAAAAAAUAGGGGAGACUGUGUGAAGGAGCGCCGAAGCGAAAGUACUUGUGCCUCACCAGUCCACGUGGGUAUAUGUAUGUGCCUGGCACUGGGUGCGUGUGUGCGCGCGUGUUUGUAAACGUACGUGUGAUACCGUGUGCUCCAAAACCGAGAUAGAGUGUGACCGUGGUAGGUUGUGCGCCUGAAAGGUUGGCAUUGCGCUCGACACAUUGUUCGCGUGUGGCUGACUGAACCAUUUCGGAGACUGGCAUUACAUUACUGCAGUGUUAAACGCGUGACCCAGCAAACCAACUAGCCGACUAGCGAGACUACGCAUAGUCUGCCACUGGUGAGUGCUGUGAAGUUUGGAGCGCCUACAAAUAUACUCUGUCGCCUAAAAGUUAUGCAAACUCGCGUCGGCAUAUAACGCCGUACAGUUGUGCUAUUGUGCAGAUAGAAAGACCCCCGCAGCUGUGUAACGUGUGCGAGCGUCUCGUGUGAUUUUGUGUCUGUGGCUUGGUAUAACGGUGCGCUUACAGUAUGAACCUUGAAGCAAACAUGUCCUCACCGGAGGUGGACAUUGAUGUGAAUGUAGUGUCCAGCCCGGAACCAAGUCCGCGGCCGCUCGUGAGUCCCCAACCGGGGCAGACGGGCAGUGAAGAUGAGCAGCGCUCAUCACCCGACACUCAACAUCACAAGCCGCAAUCGGUCUAUUCCACACCAUCUCAACAACCACCACAACAAUUAAAACCAACUCACUCACCAACGCAAUCACUGCAGCAGCAGCAGCAGCAGCAACAACAACACCAACUACACCACCAGCAGCCAAAUCACCUGAGUCCGCACGCAGUAACAGGCGGUGGGCAUGGUGUUGUGCUGCAGCAUCAUUCCGCAAUGGUGGCGGCUGCGGCGGCCGCUGCUGCCCUGCAUCAUCAGGCGGCGGCCGCUGCUGCACAAGCUGUUGGACAGCACGGUUGCGGUUCCUACCACGUGUCGCCUGUGGUUACGGCCCCAGUAUCGGACCCGGUCAACAGCGCGAUCAACAGCACCAACAGCUCUAGCAACAGCUUCAACCACAGCCCCGACUCUCGGUUAAGUCCCCCGAAAACACCGCCGGAUACUCAUCUCCAACAGCAGCAGCAACACCAUCAUCACCAUCAUCAGCAGCAUAACCAGCAGCAACAUCCCGCACAUCAUCAGCAUCCGCCACACCAUCCUCACACGCAUAUCAAUCAACUACAGCAUCAGCAAACGCAACAGCAGCAGUCACCGCACCCGAUACAGCCGACGAUCGGCAAAACGUCAACCAAUCCAGGCUACACCAGCUUCUCCAUCUCGAGCAUUCUGAGCCGAACCGAGCCAGUCUCGAAGAAGGGCAUCGGUGUUAUAACGCCUGUACCGUCGCUACCGUUAUCGGCGGCUGCUGCCGCUGCGGCGGCAGCCGCGUCAGUCUCCAAUGGUACCGUCAGUCUUGGGUCCAAUGGUACGCCAAGUACGCAGGAUGCCGCCAUGUUGUCAAGAUUGGGAUUCAUGUCACAGUGGAGUGCGAUUGCUAAUCGGUAUGCGGCUCUCUGCCCACCCGGCUGGCCCUGGCCACCGACGUCACAUCGGAUGCCUUUCCACAGCCCCAACAACGACAACUCAACCAAUGCGAUAGAAAACCAGUCACCUUCGCUGACGCCACCACCUUCCCAGCAAUCCAAGUCACCCUCACCACAUCCCGCAUUUCUGAGCGCGCGAGCUGCCGGUUGCGGUGGAACGGGCGGGCUGGUCGGGAUGGGUGGCGCUGGUGUAGGUGGCGGAGCGGGUGGUACUGGUGGCGUUAGCAAUGGUGACGACUGCGAGUCAGAUGAUGACGGGCAGGAAAUCAUCGAAGAAGACGACGAAAGUGACCGACCAUCGGAUUCGGCCUCACCAAACUCCAAUGGCAGUGCAAUGCAGGCAAAGCGAAAGAAGAAAACGCGAACCGUAUUUUCCCGAGCUCAGGUGUUCCAGCUCGAGUCCACCUUCGAUCUGAAACGCUAUCUCAGCUCCUCGGAACGUGCAGGACUGGCCGCAUCGCUACGUCUAACCGAAACGCAGGUAAAGAUCUGGUUCCAGAACCGGCGGAACAAGUGGAAACGUCAACUCGCGGCUGAGCUGGAGGCAGCCAACAUGGCCAAUAUGGCGCACGCGGCCCAACGUUUGGUGCGAGUCCCGGUACUGUACCACGAAGGUGCGACCGGUGGUUUUGUACCGCCCCCACCACAUCCACAUUCACAGCAGCUCUACUACACAACAUCUGCUGGCCGUGCCGGUUCUCCACCACGGCCACCUUUAUCGUCGCUGGUGUAAUGGAGGCUACCGGGAGCCGACGUUGGACAGCUCGGGUAAGUGGUACGGAGUAUCUCCCAUGCCACACUAGCCACACCUUCGGACUUCCUUCAUAUGCGUGACGAUAGAAAGACAAAAAAAAACAAACAAACAUACACACACACACGCCAUAAACAGUGCUCGUAUCAUAGGUGUUCCACGUCGGUCGUACGUACUCUAUGUUCGUGAACUGUCCUGCUGCCUCGCGAAUGUGGUCCAUGUUGCAAUACUUCCUCAUGAAGCAUACCGAUAGGUGAACCCAUGGGGAAGGGCAUAUGGUCCAAGGAGGGGGUUUAUUGGGUAUGACCCAUGACACAUGCGGUCAUGCGGAGUCUUUCUAAGAUUCCCCCUCCUUGUAAAACAAAAAAAAAACACACACACAUUCACUCGCGAGCAUGCAUUAUAACCAUAUAAACACACAAAGGGCACCCAUUCGGUUUCUUGUAGCGGGUCUCGGAAUCUUCGACUACUUAACGCGCUUAGGUACAUGCAUAACGCUGCAGAACGUAUUGAAACCACAGGAGAAAAAAAAUUAAACUAGAAAAUGAUAUAUCGACCUAAAGUAGUAAAUUAAAUAAGCUUUUUCUUUUUGUUUAUUUGUUUGUUUUGGGUGGUUGAGAAUUGCAUGCACGCCUAUACUUUUGUUAAGUAAGUUUUGACCAGCAUUAGCGAUAGGGCAGCGCGCAAACGUCAACUUCUGAGUGUACAUAGCAGCAAAGACGCGCGACCCGACACUCAAAUCUUUAAAAUCUUCGGGAAGCGCCAUCAAUAAGUAUAAAGUAAACGAUAUAACAAAUAAAACCUUAAACGAAAAAGAAAACAUAAAA